AUGAUUUCGGUGGCAGAUAUCAAAAAACUCGAGUAUCAAUGUCUGGAAAAGGUUCAGGGCGACGAGCUAUAUCAAUUGCGAAACGAUGCGAAACUAAGAGCCGUGUACACCUCGAAAAACUACGAUGAGUUUAAGGACAUCGUAGAUGCUGCCCAUUUGGGCGCCCUAACGGCACAGGACAAGCAGAAUGCUCAAACCAAGUACCGACUUUGGAACAAUGUUACCAAAAGCUAG